AUGGUUGUGUGGGGGGGGGGGGUUGAGUUUGUAUGUGGGGGGUUUGGGGAGGGAUGGGGGGGGGGGGGGGGGGAGGGGUGGCAGGAAAAUGUCGCUGCCUGUAACUCUCGACCCACUCCCCGCUCAAAGACCGGCCGGCCUUCUCUGGACGCCAAGUUCUCCUCCAUCAUCCAGCAACUCCAGCGAAACAACUGCAGCGGAGCGUCAGCGCUGAGCCGUAAGAACGCUCCUCUGGGGGUCCUGGACCUCCAGCUGCAGAGCCAGGAGAAGCCCCCACGUACAGAGGCCACAGUGCCUUUCUAUGGCACCGCGCCUGUUCCUGCUCCAAGGAGUAAAUUAAGAAAGUCCUUCAGAGAGAGGAUUAGUCUUAAACCCCUGUGA